UUAUGCACGCACCAAAACCGGAAACAGUCGCCCGUUGUAAACAAUGCUGUGAGUGUAGAGGUGUUUACUGUACACAUUAAUGCAGUGGUUGCGGUGAUGAAUGAAAUCGCGGCGGAGAGUUUGGCUGAAAUGUCUAAAGCCGAGGCACUGCGGGGGUUUGUUACCGAGAGACUCGAAGCCGCCUCCCGGGAGAUCUUAGCGGCUUUGGACAGACUGGUAGCUGGGUACGAGGAGGAGGCUUUGGGCUUCAGACAGGAGAUCGACCGACAGAGGAGACAGCUGGAGCUCCUGCCUCCUGAACCCACGCUAAGUACAGCCGGUUCAAAGCGCAGCAGGAGCUUCACCCCUGUUGAGGAAGAGGAGGGUGAAAAAGAGCAUCUGGGGAGCCCGGACAUAACUGGUUCAUUAAGGUCUUUAGUACGCCAGCGUCAGACUGAAAGAAGAAACCCGCCCAGACCUCAGAACCACAUAGACCUCAGGAUCAGCAUCGUGGAGGACUCUCAGACCAACCUGCUCCCAAAAAAUGUUCUGAAGAAAUGUCCGGUCCUGAAGCUGAAAUGUCCUCGUGGACAACAAGAAGCAGACUUCCUAGACCUGCUGAGAUCUGCCUGCCCUCAGCUGGCUGGAGACAACAAACCCUUUGACGUCUUAACGUUAGAUAAGAAGCGUAGAUUACAACCUCUGAAACUGGAGAUGCUGACGCCAGAGGAGAUCCAGAGAAACAUCACAGGAUGGGGAAGGUCCACAGUCUACAUUCGACUGAAGACUCAAGAGGUACAUCUGGCCAGAGAAGAAGACAUUCAUCAUCUCCAGACUAAAAACAUGUGCUCUGUUGUCUUGACUGCAGAUGAGACAAGCAAUCCUGCCCAAGAGGUUGAAGGCAGCAAAGUAGAAAUUUUGUCCAGCAGCUUAACUUCACAAGAAAACGACGUGGAAAUGAGAGAAGCUAAUAAUGAAGAACCAGCUCCAGACUUUAUAGCGUGCUCUGCAGCUGAAGGUAAAGAAGUCUUCAGCAACUGUGUCAAAAGGAAAGAAGAAAGAGAAGAAGGGAAUGACAAAUCCAAAAAUGACCGGAAGAAAUGGGCUUCUAAAAUGCAAUCCAGGAUGGCAAAAAAGCAAAAAGUCAGACAUCCCGGCACCAGUCGGACUAAGACUGAGAAAAGUGUUGCAAAUCUUUCUUGCAUGGUUUGUGGUGCUCUGCACAUAUCAGAAGUUAUGCUUGUAAAACAUGCCUGGAGUCACAGAGAUGACCCAGGAAGUGUGUGUGGAGUGUGCGGAGAGCACUCAGAGUCUGUGGAGGUCUUAAAGGAUCAUCUGCAAAGUCGACACAAAACUGAUGACUGCCACAUUUGUGGAGAGUCUUUCCUUAGUAAUCUUAGCCUCAAUGAACAUGUAGCCUCCCACUCAGGGGAGAGACCAUACGAAUGUGAUGUUUGCCAUAACGUAUUUGCACUGAAGGUUUCCCUUGAGGAUCAUCGGAAACUCCACGAGGAGGGCAAGCGAAACAAAUGUUACACCUGUCAUAAAGUGUUUGAACUCAAAGAGCAAUUAAAAGCUCACCGCAGGACUCACACCAACGGGAAAACACACCUCUGCGGUGUGUGCGGUAAAUCUCUCUGCGACUACAGAUCGUUAUCCCGCCACAAAAUGACCCAUUCUGGGGAAAGACCACACAGCUGUAAGAUUUGCGGUAGGCGUUUCAAACUUCCUGGGACUCUGAGACAACACGAGAAGAUUCACACAAACAGAGAGAGAUCGUACCUCUGUGACAUUUGCUGCAAAAUGUUCCUGACUAGUGCGCAGUUGGAGAUUCACAUGAGGACUCACACCAAUGAAAAACCGUAUCACUGCAGUGAAUGCGGCAAGGGAUUCAGCACCAAGGGCCCGUUGACGAUUCACAAGCGGGUCCACAGUGGUGAGACGCCCUACCACUGCCCGGACUGUGGCUGGUCCUUCAAACGCAAGACUAACCUUGACAACCACUUAGUGCUUCACUCAGGCGUCAAGCCCUUUGUCUGCGGGAUUUGUGGGAAAGCCUGUGCCCGUAAAGAGUACUUGACUGUUCACAUGAGGACCCACAAUGGAGAGAGACCAUACAAGUGUUCCCUCUGUGACAAAGCCUUUACUCAGAGCCACUGUCUAAAAACACACAUGAAGAGCCACCAGACAGCAGGAUCUGAAACAUAACAUGUAAAACCUGACAAAAUUCUGGUUUGACUGUUUAAUUUUUGAACAGAACAGUGAUAGUCAAAUUAUUGCCUUUAGCUUUAUUUGUUCAUUUAACCCUUUUACUUUGGGCAAUUGCUGCUGAAGCGCCGAUCCUAUUGGAAAAAUUCAAACGGUUCCUGAAAGCCCAGAAAUUGCACUUCACAGCCAUAUAGGUGAUAUUUGUUGCCGGAAGUCCGCACAUGGCGGCACUUUUGAAGUACGUUGUGCCACGGCCGAUGCAUUCGGAGUUAAAGGGUUAAAUUGUACAAUUACACUUUAGAUGUGUACAUAUACAACCUUUAUGAGCAUCUCUAAUAAAAUCUUUGCUGCAACCUGUUUUGUAUUGUGUAUCUUUCAGUGGGUUGCUGCAUUUACAAUACCUGCAGAAACACAGUAGUGGUACAGUCCAACUUUUAAGGCUGUCACAUUGUGACAUAAAAAUAAGUAAUAGUAAAAUUUUAUAGUACUGCUAACACAAUAUUCUGUUUUGUAUUUAUCUUCUCUGUUCAUAGAGAUCAAACUCAAAACUAUCAUGUUCAAAAUGUGGAUUACAAAUGUUUUGUAGAUCACUGUUUCCAGUAAGCCUUGAUGUCCAGAUAUUUCUUAUGCUUAUUUUAUAUACAGAUACCAAACUGUCACACUAUGGAAAUUCUACUUUCAUAAUGGAAAAAUACCCUACUGGCAUACAGAUCCCUGGACUGGGCCUUAAACAAAUCCCUGCAAAGAGUGCACUCAUUCAUACCCCUGUAUUCUUUGUUUUUGUUUUGUUUUCAGAGCACUAAGGCCCUGUACAGCUUAGUAUAGUUUGUUAGUAUAGUCUGUAUAAUUUAAACCUCCAUUAUUUUUUCUCUAUUUAUUGUGUGUAUUAAGCUGCUGGAUGCCCUAAUUUCAAUAAAGUAUUCAAUUCGAUUUUAUUUAUAUAGCGCCACAUCACAACAGUCGCCUCAACGUGCUUUGUAUUGUAGGUUAAGACCCUACAAUAA